AUGAAGAAGUCAUUUGCCGCUCGUCGCGUUCCACGGAAGAUUGGCUCCGAUGAGCACGAUGCCCCAUCGGACCUCUCAAGCAACAAUGACUCUACCACCACCCCCGCCUCCUCCAUCGUCAAGCGACCCGUCGCAAAGCAUAGAAAAUCCUCGACACUGCGUCCUUCGUUCGCUUCCGAAGAUGAGAACGACGACUCUUCUACUCUUGUCACUCCGAAACGCUCAGAUCUCUCCCGCCUGGCUAUCCAACGAAAUGCUGAAAGGCGCUCAGAUGUUGCCUUUCGCCCAAGUCUUGAUUCAACACUAGACCGUCCAACCUACAACAGAGACUACCUAGACGAGCUGAAACAGAGCACUCCAGCCACACCCAAAGACAUUGCAUCCACAUCAACCACAGACACCGAAGAUGCUGCUUUCACCUUCAAGGCUGCCAUCGACGUCAAGUCAAAAUUUGGCUCCGACCUCUCGAGAUACCAACCUCCCACAGCUAUACCCUCCGCCGCUGAGAUUCAGGAAAAGAAAGCACGUCGCGCACGAUUAGCCAAGGAGAACGACUUCCUAUCGCUAGAAGAUGAUGGUGAUGACGAGGAAGACGACGAAGCAGUCACGCGGGAUGAUCAGGGUCGCUUGAUUCUAAAGCCCAAGGAAAAGUACCCGGAGACCCGUCUGGUGCACGACGAUGAGGACAUGCUCGAAGGGUUCGAUGACUUCACAACUGAUGGCAAGAUCGCGUUUGGGCGUAAAGCACAGAGAGAGGAGGACCAAAAGCGCAGAGCCGAGAUGGCCUCCAUGAUUGCUGACGCCGAGGGUCAAAGUGCAAAUGACGAUAACGAAGAUGACGAGAGCGAGGCCGAACGAAAUGCCGCUUUUGAGGUUGCGCAAACACGCCACGGUACCUAUGCUGCACGCGAACAGGAAGCCAACUCGGCGCGACCCCAAACACCGCCAAGGGUUGUACCCCUACCAACAAUGGACAGCGUGGUUGAAAGACUUCGCAAGCGAUUGGAGGAAAUGCAAGUGGUUCGCGCCAACAAAGCAAACGAGAUGCAAAGCCUAGUAAGCGAGAAGUCAAGAAUCAGCGAAGAAGAAGGGAGGGUCCAGGCAGCUCUGAGAGAGACUGGUGAAAAAUAUCAGAAGUUGAGAGAGGAUAUGGGUUUG